GCCCAUUUAGCCAGGACUUGCGCAUCACCGAGCCUGGUACGACUGCAAAAUACAGUUACGCCCCGUGCGAACAGCGUUCCACCAUGCUUGAGCAUCGUGGAGAAACUUCAGAAACUUGUACGAAAGGGAGGCGGCUCAUGGCCGUCAACUCGUGUAAACCGAAAAGGUUCUACUAGCUUCGUCACAAUACAGUUUGUUCAUUUUGCACUGCUGUGAAACAAAUUCUAAUAAUCUACCAUGAUGAUUCCUUCAAGGUCCAUAUCCCUUGUGAUAUUUUAUCUAUUUUCACAACUUCUUGCUAGCCCAGUCGAAGUAAAGAAUAUUCGUCGACAGGGCUUCUUUCCGCCAUUUAUACCUUGUGCCGAAUGUCUCCCCAGUAGCUGGACUCAAGGCCCUGAAUGCAAAACCGAUGGAAGCCUCCAAUCGAUCAUCAGCAGCAUACAAAACCCUCCUCCUUCAGCUACAGCAACAUACACUCCAAGCCCAUGGUGCAGUGAAUACCUCCGUCCAACAACAUGGAGGAGUGAAUUCACGACCAGUUGGGGCAUCUCGACCUACACCAGCCGUGACGUGACGCACAUCAUCAUAACCAAGACCGACUUGAACCAUCCAACUUCCACGAUGUUCUGUCCAUCACCAUCUCCUGACAUGGAGUGUGGAUGGGACACGAACACAGUAGCCCCAAUUGAACAGGGCGAAGAUUGGUCCAUUGAACACUUCAUCAGUCCGGAGGAAUGCCACCAAGUAUGUCUGCAGCGUUCCAGCUGCAAGGCGUACAGAAUAGAUGGUACCGGUCCAGGAAGCUGGUACUGUGAGAUAUUCAAUGUCGGGCUUGGGAAGAAUGGUGCGAAUCUAAGGAACCCAACGCCUAGUGGUAGUCAGUGGUGGGAUAGGAGUUGCCCUACACAUCUUCCAGCCGGAUGCAAACCAGCACAAGCACCUGAGACCACCGUUCCUAUAUUGACCUCCCCACCACCCACACCCUCACCAGCCUCCAAGCAAGCAUCUCCCGUAUCUCCCAUCCCAACUCCCGCCCCUACCCUUCCUCCUCGACAAAACGCCGCCCUCGCAAAGCGAACAACCCGCCUACCAGAGUUCCUCACAGACCUAGAGUACUACUGGUCCAGCAUCUUCCUCCUCCCAGCAUGCACAUGUAUAAUCUCGUCAGCAUCGCCGGGGACGUUGAAGACUACGACGACCACGUUUACGAGUUGGACUGGGUCGACGACUGUGACUACGACGUUUGAGGAUAUUUUCACGUGGACGACAACGCCGAGGGAGACGACGGUUUAUAACAGCGUGAAUUAGGUGGUUGGGGGAGUUAUUGGGGAGUGAGAAGUGCUGGUUGGU